CAAUCAGUGCAUCCAGGCUGCUCGACUUGGGGCCAAGACCUUGAUGAUUUGUAAGGUUGGGAAGGACUCGUUUGGCAAUGAUUAUAUUGAAAAUUUCAAGAGAAAUGGGAUUUCUACAGAAUUUGUAGGUCAGACUGAGGAUGCUGCUACUGGAGCUGCUUCAAUAAUUGUUAACAGAGAAGGACAGAAUGUUAUCGUCAUAGUCGCAGGAGCCAAUUUGCUUUUGGAUUCUGAAGACCUGAAGAGGGCUGCUAAUGCCAUUUGCAAGGCCAAAGUGAUCAUUUGCCAGCUAGAAAUAACACCUGCUAUUUCUCUGGAAGUCCUAAAAAUGGCAUACUCCAAUGGAGUGAAGACCUUAUUUAAUCCUGCUCCAGCUCAUGCUGAACUAGAUCCACAAUUUUACACCCAUUCUGACAUCUUCUGUUGCAACGAAAGUGAGGCAGAAAUUUUAACAGGCAUCCCAGUGGGCGGCCCUGAAGAUGCUGGGAAGGUGGGGCUCAUGCUAUUAGAAAGAGGCUGCAAACUAGUAAUUGUUACUCUGGGAGCAGAAGGCUGUGUGAUGAUAUCAGUGGAUGAGCCUAUUCCAAAGCAUGUUCCUGCUGGGAAGGUCAGGGCUGUGGACACUACGGGGGCUGGCGAUAGUUUUGUGGGCGCACUGGCUUUCUUCAUGGCUUGCUAUCCCAAUCUAUCCAUGGAAGAAGUGAUCAGGAAGUCAAACUUCAUCGCAUCAGUGAGCGUCCAGGCAUCAGGGACACAGUCUUCCUAUCCCUACAGGAAGGACCUGCCCCAGGAUCUUUUCUAACUUGUGGUGUCAGACAUCUGCAUGUGUUGAUUGUAAAAUAUCCCAGGCAAGGGAGUUCUGAUUGUGCAGAGGCAAACUUUUUUCCCCCUAAGGGAUUCCAGGUACUCAGCUACUAAAGGACUAGAGAGCAGGAAAGUCUUUACUCCCUUCUCAAUCACCGAUUCCCUGCUAGACUCUGGUCUAGAGUAGAGCACUAGGGUUGCACUCUUUCAUUCCAGCGAAAUACUGUGGAUCUGGCCCUUGCCCUACACACUGUGCAGGCCAAACAUUACUCUAAUGGCAAUGCAAAACUUAGUAGUCAAUGUGUUCAACAUUUCACUCCACAAACUCAAGUCUAUAAACUAAAGAGACAUUCCACAAUAUGAGUAGGGAUAACUGAGCUCUGAAAUUCAGUGGCCUCCACAGACUUUGCUGUGCUCUCCACUAAUUAAGAUUCUCCUUGAUUUUGAUGAAGUUUCACAUCUGCCAGCUAGGGACAUCGCUAUUGAAAUGUGAAUUAUAGUUAGCUUUGGGUUUUCAACCAAAUUCCUAUUGUCCUUGCUCUCUGCGGCAAGUGCCUUAGCCC